AUGGCGUCGUCCACUCGUUUGUCAAUCCAGUCACUCACUACAGUUUUGCUUUCUUUGUAUCUAAUUUUCGUAUCGCACGUCGAUUCCCUUGCUAGCACAGACACCAUUACAUGGGGUGGCUCCAACGACCGAAGCGGCUACCAGAACAAUCACAACAUGGACCCGGCUGUGGUUGGAAGUUCUCAAUUCGGGCUCCUCUUUAAGGCCCGCCUGCCCGGCACAUAUCCCAUCAAUGGUCAGAACGUCCCUGAACAGAUAUUCUCCCAGCCGCUGGUAUAUACUGGCUCCGAUGGCGUUCAGUAUGUCUAUGUUGCAACAACCCAGAAUAAUGUGUACAAACUGGCGGCAAAGACCGGCGUUAUUGUCGCCUCUCGAAACCUGCAUCGGCCAUUCUUGGUCAGCGAUCUGGACGGAUGUGUUGAUAUCAACCCAACUGUCGGUGUAACAGCGACUGGUGUCAUUGACCCAGAAACGGACACAUGGUACUUCACAUCCAAGACUUAUAUCGAUCAGAAUCUUACUGGGGCAAACGGCCGUCCGAAUGGACGCUACUACGUUCAUGCCAUCAGUACUGUGGAUCUCACCGAAAGACCCAAUUUCCCUGUCAGCCUUGAGGGUAUGGUGGCCCGCAACAAUCCGGUGCGAUCGUUCAACGGUGGGAUUCAUCACCAACGUCCUGCGCUGCUCCACACCGGCGAAUAUGUCUACGCUGGCUUUGCGAGUCAUUGUGUGCUGUACAACUUUACUGGCUGGAUUGUGGGCUGGCACAAGGGCACUGGACAGAUCGUGGAGAGAUUCGCGACUGAAGGUGCCGGCGUCGGUCCCAAUGUUCCCGGUGCGGGUGUGUGGAUGUCAGGAGGCGGCCUGGCGAGUGACGAUAAGGGCUCGAUGUUCUUCGCUUCCGGAAAUGGCUAUGCUUCUCAGCUCGCUGGCGUCCCAGUCAACGGACGAAGCCCACCUACCGCUCUCGAGGAAGCCGCGGUUCACAUGGCAAUCAACGAAGACGGCUCUUUGAAUGUCGUGGACUUCUUCAUGCCUUGGGAGAAGACCCAGCUUGACGGUGCUGAUAAAGAUCUUGGCACGUCACCGCUGGAAAUACUCCCGAGUCAAUUCUCUUGCGGAGAUAUCAAACGCAUUGGUGUGGUCACCGGCAAGAGUGGAAAGACCUAUUGGCUCAACCUCGACAACCUUGGCGGCUACCAGAAUGGCCCGAACAAACUCGACAACGUCAUUCAAGUCUAUCAAAAUGAGAACUCGGUCUAUGCUGGUGCUGGUGUGUACCCUCUCGAAGGUGGAUACAUCUACAUCAACGUCAUCCAGUAUCAGACACAUGUGUUCAAGUUCUCCUGCAACGACGGCGUUCCUUACUUCAACAAGGUGGCGGACUCUCCCGAGAAGAAUGCAUACGUUCUCGGUGUCGGUCAUGGCACGGUGACCUCGCUCAACGAUCAGCCUGGAACGGGCCUGGUGUGGACAUCCGAUGUCGAAGGCUCCAACCUACGCAUCUAUAAUGCUAUCCCGGAUUCGAACGGCCUAAUGACGGAGAUCAACUCCUUCGUCACGCCCGGAACCACCAAGUUCACCAGACCUGUGUUUGGAGAUGGCAUCGUGUAUCAGGGUACGACGCAAGGAUACUUGUAUGCGUAUGGCGCGCCUGUCAACUUGCCCUUGAACUGCACCUCCCUGCAUUUCGGGACAGCCAAUCUGAACACCACCACGGCGCCGAUGACCAUUCAAUGCACAGCGAACACUGCUGCUACAGUCACUGCUGCAAGUCUCUCAGGCAACCCGAACUUCGCCGUCAGUGCUUUGCCCGGUCUCCCUCUCGCGAUUGCCAAGGGCCAACGGUUCUCAUUCCAGGCGACCUUUACGCCGCAGACAGUCGGGCCCUUGUCUUCGUCUGUCAUCCUCAACACCACCCAACAAGCUGCUGGCUUCAGUAUCAAUACGCCCGUACAACUCAAGGGUACGGGUCAAAGCCAAGCUGCUCUGUUGAUGACUUCACCAAAUACAGUCGGUUGGAACGGCGUCAUCACGGGACAACAAGCUGGGGGCGUUAAUCAGUCUGUGAUCAUUAGCAACCUCGGCAACAGUCCUCUCAUAAUCAGCAAGGUUCAGUAUUCCAUUGUUGGUGAGACUGGGCCCUGGAUUACCCCAAAUGGUACGCAGGCGAUGACUGUCGUAUCCGCUUUCACCUUCUACAACAUGCCGUCGUCGAUACCGCCAAACAGCGCUGUGACGGUUCCAAUCAACUUUAAACCGUCAUACUCGGCCAAUUUCGCUGCUUUCGUCAGUAUUGUCUCUAGUGGCGGCACGAAAGUCGUCGAUGUGCUUGCAGCAGGAUCGGACGAGCCAAAAGCCGUCCUUGAAUUCGAAUCACCCAACGGAGGCUGGGUUCCCUACGACAACACCACUGCGUUUAGCUUUGGGAACGUCACGGAAAACACGAGCCAAUUUCUCAAACUCCGUCUCAGCAACAACGGGUCUGCAAAUGCUGCCCCGAUCUCAGUGACUGUCAGCAAACCUCCAUUCGGUAUCUCAGGCAGCAUCAUCGGUGCCAACAACGCGGUCGAUCUAGCGGAAGGCACACUUGUCUACGCCGGGCAAAACCUCACUGCCACGCUUUUCUGUUCCGUUCCGAAGAGUCAGAUCAACGUCGAUCCCUACAACGGCACGGCUCAAUGGACAAUGAAUCUCAACGAUCCUACUUUCGGAAAGCAGCACAUCGAAUUCUUUUGCAACGCCGUCUCGGAGCAGGCGCCGCCCUUGAACCCGAUUACCCAACAAGGUACCUACAGAUAUGCUGGCUGCUUCAAGGAGAAUAACCCGGAUCGACAACUCCAAACUGCCAUCUACAGCGGGCCGGCUAACACAAACGAGAAGUGCAUAGGCCUGUGCUCUGCUGCCGGCUACAUCUUCGCUGGCACUCAGUACGAGCAAGAGUGCUGGUGUGGCUACAAUCGGCCGAAGAAAGUCGUCGAUGACGCCGACUGUAACUUCGCGUGCGACGGCGAUGUCAAUGAGGUCUGCGGCGGUAAUGGGAUUGACGAGGCAGGGUCUUACAUCUCACUCUUCGGCGACAUCACUCGCUGGAAUGGUAAUUCUACAGACACACCAGGGCCGUACGUCAAUCCUGGAAAACUCGGCUUCGACAGUGUCGGAUGCUACACCGAAGGCACCAAUUCCCGCGCUCUCAAUGUUCAACCCCAGUCCAACAACACCGUGGCCGGAUGUUUGAAAGCCUGUCAAGGUUACUUAUACUCUGGUCUCGAAUAUGGCGGUCAAUGCUUCUGCGGGAAUACGUUGGCAGCUGGAUCCGUAACUGCCAGCGCCACAGACUGCAGUAUGACAUGCAACAACAAUCAGACCGAACUUUGUGGAGGCCCAAGCCGACUCAACAUGUAUGUAUAUGGGAAUGGUACCCUGCCUGACACGCCACCUUCCACUGGCGGAGGCAACAACAAUCCCACUCCACCGACAGGACCUACCGUUCCGGCAACCAUCGGCAACUUCACUUAUCAGUCAUGCUACACCGAAGUGGCUGGUCGGGCCCUCGCUGGCUUCGCCCUUGCGGAUAACAGUAUAACACUCCAAACUUGUGCCAGAAACUGCACUCAGUAUCAAUACUUUGGCGUCGAGUACGGUCGUGAAUGCUACUGCGGGAAUGCACUUACUUCAGGAAGUGUCCCGGCAACGGAUGGCCGCUGUAACAUGGCCUGUUCUGGCAACUCAAGCUUCACUUGUGGUGGUCCCAAUGGCUUGACACUGUACCGGAACACCAAUUGGUCUUCUUCGACCCCUCCUCCUCCUCCACCGCCACCGAACCAGCCAUCCAGUCCAGUUAUCGUCCCCAGUGUUGGCAACUACCAAUAUGUCGACUGUCAUACUGAAGUCCCUGAUCGGGCUUUGACAGCCAAGGCUGUCGCGUCAAAGGACAUGACGGUACCGUUCUGUGCGGGCAACUGUACUGGCUUUACCUACUUCGCCAUCGAGUACAGCCAAGAGUGUUAUUGUGGCAAUAGUCUCGCGUCUGGCUCUGUUACCGCAACAGACGGGCGCUGCUCCAUGACCUGUGCGGGCAAUUCGUCGACCAUCUGUGGCGGACCGAAUGGCUUAACUCUCUACCAAUAUGUUGUACCGUCGAGUUCGAGUGCAAUCACAUUCACAAGUACCGUCAGAUCCAGUUCCUCUAUGGUCGCGUCGACGUCGACUUCAAUGUCGUUGAGGUCGAAUUCAAGCACAGCCACAAGUACCACAUCGAGCAUCAGCUCUAGCUCCUCACUCGUGUGGUCGAUUACGACGUCGUCGACUUUGAAUUCAAGCACAGUCUCAAGUACCAUAUCGAUCAUCAACUCCAGUUUCUCGUCAAUCGCGUCGACGUCGUCUUCAACGAGGACCUCUUCUGGCUUGUCCACGGUCGUGGCGGUAUCUACUUCUAACGCCUCAUCGAGCACCUCGCGUACUGGUAGCUCUACCUUAUCGUCAACGACUCCGGCCGAUACGACGUCGUCAAGCUUCGGGUCAACAACAUCGAGCUCCACGCCAACGACCUCACUGGUUAGCUCCGCAUCCAGGUCCUCGUUGAGCACAAGCACAACUUCCAGUGUAGCUCCCGCGACUACAGACUCAACUACCACAACGUAUGCUGCUGGCUCUACGACAUUGCCAGGCCCUGCUGUUUCCAGCACUCGGACAUUAUCAGCAAGCACCAGUACAGCUUCAACUUCAGGAUCUACCGCCGGCGCUUCGACAUCUUCAGCAGGGACACUCAGCUUCAGUACGAGCAUUCCACCAACAAAUACAUUAUCCACAAGCAGCACCUUGUCAACAAGCAGCUACGGCUUCAGCACGAGCUUCAUCCCUGUCCAGUUGUCGAGUGGCAGUACUGUCGUUUCAAGCACAAGCACAAGAACAACCUCAACGACCACCACAAACCGUCUUACCAGCUCCACCUCGUCUCCGACAACAUUCUCUACCCGUCUCCCCAGUACUCUCUCCACCACCUCCUCCCCAUCCAACCCGUACUUCCCGGCCGUAUAUCUAGGCUGCGCCGCCGAAGCGACACAAGGCCGCCUUCUCUCCGCCUCGUCCACCGCAUCCCCCGGCAUGACCAUCGCCAUGUGCAUCUCCUUCUGCAGCGCGCGCAACCUCCCCCUCGCGGGCCUCGAGUACGGCCAAGAAUGCUACUGCGGGUCGUGGGCCACAACCACGACCAUCUCAGCUUUCAACGCCACGGGCUGCACGAUGCCCUGCGCCGGCGACCCGCAGAGCACAUGCGGCGGCCGCAGUCGGCUGAGCGUGUACAACAACACCUCCCUAUCCCCGCCGGCCGCCAAACCCGUGCUUCCAGGCGGCUACGCUUACCAGGGGUGUUUCACGGACGCGUCGGCCUCGCAGCGCACCUUGGGCGGCGGGUACGCGUGGGCCAACGGCACGGGCAUGACGCAGGAGCUGUGCGCGUCGACGUGUCUGGCGAAGGGGUACAAGUUCGCGGGUGUCGAGUUUGGCAAGGAAUGUUACUGCGCCAACGCGCUCGGCAUUGCCGCUGCCAACGGUGGAGGAGGUGGAGGAAGCUCAGCCUCCUCAGGAGCAAAGGCCGUCCCGGCGCCGGAGUCGGAGUGUAACAUGCUCUGCGUGGGCGAUGCGCGUGAGUUGUGCGGCGGCAGCGCGAGGAUCGGUGUCUGGAUGAGUGGUGGUUGA